ACCGCAGCUUCCUGCUUUGCUCGCGACUUCAUAGCUCUCUUCUCCCUCCUCUUCGCUCUUCUACCCGUACCGCUCCCACCCAUCAUUCGCAACUAUCUUCAUCCCGCCGCACUUACGUCUGCUUUGCCGCUCAAUCAUAAACUACAGCCCUGUCAGCAAUGGCAGCCAACCAGGACCCCGAAUUCACCACCGUUCUGCCUUCAGAGGGAUCUCCAAUGCAGAGUUCAGCGCCCCCUCACGCCAUGCCACCACCCAAACCCAGCAAAGGCCUCUCAAUUCCAAGCACAGUGCUCAGAAUUCUUGCUUUCCUAUUGGCUAUCAUUUCGUUCGGCAUCGCUCUUAGGUCCACCCGCAUGACAAAAUGUAUCAGAAGCGGCCCCUCGAGCGACACUGUUCCUACCGACGCAAGUGGAAAGGCCACUCCAACCCCUCUCCCCCGCGUCGGAAAGUACUGUGACCCCGAAGGGAGUAUCGGCAGGGACUUGCUCAUAUUGGUUAGUAGCUGGUACCAGUCUCAGAUUCUUUGGCUACUUGAUGCUGAUGGUUGUUUAGCUCUCUGUUCUGAUGGCGUUGAGUGCGCUCUGGAACUUGAUCAGUAUUGCCGGACCUUUGAUGAGGAAACCUUUCGGAGCAGCCGCCAACGUAACUUUUCACGACGCGCUCUUCCCGCUGCUCUUGAUUUUUUCCGUCUUCACCCUUUUGUACAGCCACUGGUUUCUCAAAACCCAAUACAAGAACACGCCGCACCAUGUUAUAGUGCCUGAAAAGCAAUGGGGGGAGGCGGUCAGCAGCCUGGGAAUCAUCCUAAGGUAAGUCCUUGGGUCUCUUC